AUGGUGACUCUCCGCCAGAGACCAACGGUCGCGACCACAGAACCCGAACCGGUGUUGGAAAACUGCGUCGACGACUUGACGAUUCUGUCGGACGACGAGGAUUCGCCUUCAGACGCAGCAGUAAAGCACUUGCGUGGAAGCUGGGAACUUGCUUCCGUUCUUAACUUCCUCAAUGUCUUUCGACCACUUAUCUCGGAAAACUUAAAGGUAACAGCUGAAGAGAUUGAGAUGGGUAUCAUCGAUUCCGACGCUACAAAUGCUCAGCUUCACAUUGCACUUCUAAAGGGAAUACCACCGGUGAAUAAUAAAUCGCUUGAGGACGGAGAUGCAUGGAUCACUGCGUUGUGUAAGAAACUCGACCCAUGGUGGCCAUCGAUUGCCAAUGGUGAAAUUCCUUUAACCGCUAACAAAGGGGGGGAAAUAUCUGGAUACAAAGGACUUGACUCUACUGAUCGCCUGCAGUUUCUGAAAGCACUUUGUGAGCUUCGAGCCCAACAAGAUGAUGCUCGUAAGUAUAUUCAAGAGAAUGCCAAUGAAGGAGCCCUGAAUCCAUGUUUCGGCAAAAGGAAGUUAGGAGGAGAUGGAAAGAAGACUUCUUACUGGUUUGAUGGUAAUGACAUCCUGGGGUACAGAUUAUAUAAGGAAGUCAAUGAAGUCUCAAAAAGCGCUAAAGCAAGGAAGAAUGUGUUCUCAGAUGCAUCCUGUUUCUGCUGGGAAACUGAAGCAACCAAUCUAGAUGAAUUUCAAAGAGUUGCUAGAGAGUUAUCAUCAAGCAAAUCAUCUUCUUUGGCUGCUGUCGGCAAGACGAUUGAGACAGAUGCCAUACCCGUUGUUGAGAAAUUUCAUAAAAAAAAAGAAAGAGCCAUCAAAAAGAAGAUGAGGCAAGAGAUGUUCGUUAGUGCCAACAUAUCCCGUCCUAUCCGCUUUACCCGUUCUUGUCGUAACCGCAAGCCUGUUAUUUACACCUUUGACGAGUAUGACAAAAUGAUCACAGAUGCUGUUGAGGAUACAGAUGAAACGGAUAGAGAUGACGAGGAAGGAAUAGAGCAACAAAGUGCCUCAUUGGUGGGUUCAAACGACAGUUGUGAAGAUACCAAGAUGAAGUCAGCAGAGGAUGUUUCUAAAACAGAGGAAGGGGCACCUGAAAGCGACAAUGGUGAUGUGAAGGAGAUCGAGAAAAGCAAGGAAGACUCGGAGGAAAAGAUCCAGUUUGGUGCCAAAAACAGGAUGAGGCAAAGACUAACUAGGAACUCAGCUCUCUGCUAGUUUGUAAACAAACGUCUAUGUUGUUGAAGAAAUGGUAAAAGGACCAGUUAUCGUUUUGUCUCUUUUCGGAUGCUGGUGGAGGGAGAGACCGCAGAGGGUUUAGGACUUGGGAGCCGGGAUAGUUUUUCUUAUGUUCUAUGAGGAUGUACUACAUUCCCAACAAUGUAGAUCUUACUUGCUCACUAUCGCCUAUAUAGGAUGCUCAGUAUUUUAAAGUUUCCUUGUGUAUUUGUUUCUUGAAUUGUGUUCUCUGGAGAUGUUUUAGACUAGUCCAUAUUAUUGUAUUGAUGUUUCAUUAUCUGUA